AUGGUGAUAAACAUUUUUGUUUCAAAACCGCGAUUGAAAGGGCGUAGAAGACCGUAUGUUGUACUCGCAUGUGAGUGCGCGGGUGAAUAUCGUGGGAAGAAGAAAGCCCGUGAGGAUGACCAAGGAGAGGGAAAUGGGAGGAGGUGUUCUAAAAAAUGCAAUUGCGCAUUUAGAUUAAAGGGGACAAAGCGAGGAAAGGAUACUGAUAAUGUUGGGUGGGAUUUAAAAGUUGAAUGGGGUACUCAUAACCACACAGAUUUUGAGAACUUGCACGGCCACUCUUAUGCCAGGAGACUAACAAAAGAAGAGAUGGUACUUAUUGAAGGUAUGUCUAAAGCAAUGGCGAAGGCGAAGGGGAAGGCGAUUCUCAAAUCAUUGAAGAUAAGGGACGAGACGAAUGUAACUGGAAUGAGGACAAUUUACAAUCACCGUCAGAAGUUGCAAUUGAAAGAGAGAUUUGGAAGAACUCAAAUGCAAGAAUUGUUGGCGAGGUUGACAAAAGAUAAGUAUACCUUCUACCAUAGAGUUAACAAUAAUAAAGAGGUAAUCGAUAUGGUGUGGACUCAUCCGAGUUGUGUUAAGUUAGCUCGUAGCUAUCCGUACGUAUUCAUCAUGGAUUGGACAUACAAAACCAAUCAAUAUAAACUCCUAUUACUUGAGAUUACUGGCUUUACAUGUACGCACAAGAUGUUCUUCAUUGUCUUUGCUUAA